CCUUCUCCCUCUCCGAUGGGGCGGCCAAGGAAGACGAAGGCCAAGGCCGCCGCCGCCGCCUUCUCGAUCGGCAACUGCAAGGUGGAGAUCCAUGGGGGCUCCAUGAGGUGCCGGUCCACGGAGCAGGCGCUCACCGUCUCCGGGCCCGGGGGCGCGAAGAUCGUGGUGUCUGUCGACGGGGCCAAGAGUUCUGCAGUUGGUGAGGGUUCUGAUUUCAUCCUUCUCGGUCCGAGUGAUGUCGAUGAGCGAAACAAGGCUUUGCUUCAGGAGGUACUGUUGCUUUAUAAGCAAGAACUUCCAGCCAUGGAUUACGCUGCUAAUACUGGAAGGAAGUCAGGGUUUCUUGAAAAAUGUGUAACAAAUGGGAAGUACAAGACUCUAGUUCUGAACUCUACCUCUGCUGCAGGGCAUGAAGAGGUAAUAGCUGCUGUAUCAUAUCAGCUAGUGCCGGCCGACACACAGUAUGCUGAAAUACCUCUGGCAGUCGUGCGAUCUCCUUAUCAACAUGUGGGUAUAGGUCAGCUCUUGUACAAGGAGCUUAGCCAAAGGCUUCAAAAUGUUGGCGUCACAACCAUUUUCUGCUGGGCAGAUCAUGUCUCAGAAGGAUUUUGGCUUAAACAGGGUUUUGAGUCAAUUGGAGAGGUAGACACUAAAGGCAAAAUUGGGCGAAUUCCGUUAAGGGCUGACAUCAAGAGAGCAUUAUGUUUUCCAGGUGGUUCAACGCUUAUGGUUUCACAUCUUAAGGGGUUGCUAGCUCAACAAAAGUGUGUAUUGUCAUCUCAGCAAAUGUCUCAGUUUCACGUGUUUGUACCAGAUAGCAUCUCUCCAAGUGAUACUGGUACUUCAAUUCCCUCCUCCUGUGAAAAACUAGUUCCUCUAAAGAUUGCAUGCCACAAUGUCAGCAAAAUGGCACCAGUGGAAACAAAUGAAGAUUUCCCUGGUAGCGGAGGAUGUUCAUUUCCUGAUCAACAAGCAAAGAAGCGGGCACAUGAAACCUCUUCGUCUUCACUAAAGUCAAAAAGAGUAAGAUGUUCGCAACAUGCUGACCAUCAUCAAGAUAUGAAUCAAAAUGAGAUCUGUUGCAAUCCCCUUUCUAUAAGCAACCCUGUCAGACAUGAAAAUUCACUUCAUCUGAUUCCUGAAGAACUUUCUAAUCCAAGUGCCGUAGCUUUUGUCAAAAGAAAAAUAUCAGGAGAUGCAAAGGCCAAUAUCGGUUCCAUUGGAAGCCCUUCUGUUAUGCUCAUGAAUAUUGCAGAUGAAACGAAGAAAGCACAACUUAUAGAGGUAGUUGAGAUGCUUGGAGGAGUAGUCACUUGUGAAGGAAACUCAUGCACACAUGUCAUUACUGGAAAAGUUCGAAUGACUUUGAAUUUCUGUAUUGCUUUGUGCUCUGGAGCAUGGAUAGUUUCUCCAAAGUGGCUGAAGGAAAGCUUCAAAAGGGGGAAAUUUAUAGGUGAAGCAGAAUAUGUUCUGGAAGAUGAAGAAUUUAAGGUAAAAUACAAGUCUGAACUGAGGGGUGCAGUUAUGAGAGCUAAAGAGAGGCCUUGCUCAUUAUUUUCUGGCUACACUUUCUGCCUGACGAAGUACAUCCAGCCGUCCGUCAAUGUUCUCUCUCGCAUCAUUGAAUCUUCUGGUGGCAAGAUCAUCAAUAAACUGGCUGACAUAAGUGAGCCCUCGAAAACAAUCUUCUUGGCGUGUGAAGACGACAUGGAACUUUCGUUGGAUGCUGCAAAAAGAGGCAUCAAGACAUUCAGCAGUGAGUGGUUCUUGAGCUGUGUCAUGGCACAAGAGCUUGACCUCGAGGCACCUCAGUUUACUGAAUCUCUCUGAUAGGCCUGGAGUAAAGUCAAGGUGCUUAGACUGUAUCUUCACCUUCUCUAAGUUGAUACUUGGCCAGUUGGAACUGUAAAUUCUUCUUUUGGUAUCUCAAAGGCUAAUAUUUCUGUGUAAAUAUGCACAUUAUAUAAUCCCCUCCAGCAACUAUCAACUAUAUGUAUACUCAGAAAGUUUGAUGCAUUGAUGCAUCAUUUGCAUGAAUAUUCUUAGUUCUUA